AUGACUGCUGAGGAUGUGCCCCCGAAGCGGAGCUGGAGGGAGAAAGCGGUUUUUUUCCGCCUCUUCGUCUAUGGCGAGCCGAGCAGAUCUGAUAUCGCGUUGCUGGCGCUCGCGCUUGUGUCUGCAAUUGCUUCCGGGAUCCCUUUUCCGAUCAUGUCGAUCGUGUUCGGACAACUGGUGGACGAGAUGAAUUCGACGACGUGCAAUGUGAAUGACACCAAUGGAGACUCGUAUCAGGAUGGAAUCAAUCAGAAAGUCUUGAUGAUUGUAUACAUUGGCAUCGCAUACCUUGCUCUGAUCUAUGUAUACGUGUUCAGCUGGAAUAUCACGGGUGAACGACUCGCCCAGCGUCUGAGGGAGAAAUACUUCAAAGCUAUCCUUCGUCAGGAUGUUGCCUUUUUCGAUAAUCUCCCUGCUGGCGAGGUAUCCUCCAGAAUCACGGGUGAUAUCACGACUGUGCAGCAGGGAACUUCCGAAAAAGUCGGUAUCGUGAUCAACGCGCUGGCUUUCUUUGUGACUGCCUACGUUGUGGCGUUCAUCAAAGAUCCCAAAUUGGCGGGCAUGCUGGUCUCCUUAACCCCGGCGUACCUGAUCAUGUCAUUGCUGGGCGGGUAUUUUGUGCAAAAGUACUUCGGUCGCGCAUUGGAGAGUAUGACCAAAGCCUCUUCGGUGGCCCUGGAAGCCUUCUCCAAUACCAUGGUGGUCCACUCAUUUUCAGCCAAUGCUCGGCUGGAGGAGAAAUUCACUGAAUUUCUCAAUCCUGGAAGAAUUGCGGGUAUUCGCAAAUCGAUCGCAACUGCUACUCAGGCUGGCUUGCUGUAUUUCAUCGCUUUCUCUGCCAAUGCGUUGGCGUUCUGGCAGGGAUCUCGGCAGAUCGCUGAUUCGGUGGAAUCAGACAGUGGUGGCAUAACAGUCGGAGCCACCUACACGGUUAUUUUCAUUCUGGUAGACGCAUCCCUCAUUCUAAGCACGGUUGCGCCAUUCCUUCAAAGCUUUGACGCCGCGUCAGUAGCCUUCACAAAACUGCGAGCCGACAUCGAGCACUCGUCGACAAUCGACGGCACUGCGGUGAAUACUGGGCAGGUUUUGUCGGAGGUGAAAGGGCAUAUCGAGUUCCGCGACGUUUCAUUUCGGUUUCCAUCUCGCCCGGAUAACCCAGUGCUUCGGAAUCUGUCGCUCUCAUGUCCUGCUGGCCAGCAAACUGCAAUUGUAGGUUUGUCCGGAAGUGGCAAGUCUACCGUUGCAGGCCUUGCGACCAGAUUUUACGAUGCCACAGAAGGCAGCGUGUUGUUAGAUGGCCAUGAUGUGAAGGACCUAAACGUGCGUGCACUUAGGAGCCACAUCAGUCUGGUCCAACAAGAGCCUUGCCUUCUUGAUCGAUCCAUUUUCGAAAAUAUCGCGCUGGGCCUCGUCAAUUCUCCCGCGCAUGGCCAUCUUCGAGAUAUCCUCAUCAGUGCAGCCCUUGCGGAUAUUGCAGCAGCAGUGCGAGAUGGCCAAUCUCUAGCCCAAGCCUCUCUCGAGCAUGGAAAUGACGCACGAGAAAUAGUCCAGCUUGUUGAGAACGCCUCCAAGCUUGCUGAUGCCAAUCAUUUCAUCCAGAAGCUAAAGGAGGGUUAUGGCACGCCCGUCGGAUCCAGUGGUAAUCUCAUCAGUGGUGGUCAAAAGCAGCGCAUUUCGAUAGCCAGGGCAUUGAUCAAGAAUCCCCGGAUUCUGAUUCUAGACGAAGCCACCGCCUCCUUGGACUCUGGAACAGAAAUGCGCAUCCAAAGGUCUUUGGAGAGUGUGGUGGUCGGUCGUACCGUCAUUGUCAUUGCGCAUCGCCUAUCCACCAUCAGGAAUGCAGACAACAUCAUUGUUAUGCGGCAAGGAAAGCUCAUUGAACAAGGUUCUCACACGGAGCUUCUGGCGGCUAAUGGUGCCUACGCAGAACUUGUCCGCCUCCAGAAUGUCAAUGUUCAAGGCUCCGGGGAGGGGUCAUCCACCCGUUCGGCUUCACCUGUCGAUCAGAUUACUGAAAAGGCAGAGCCCACCUUGUCCGUGGCGCAUGAGCUGCAAGACACGGAGAAGCUGGAUGCCUCUAAGGAGAAAGAUUCAAAGCCCAAGGAAAGCGGUGGUGUCGUUGAUGGGGAAAGACCCUUCUCUGCAACGGCCAGAUCUAUGGGCGCCAUGUUCCGUCCUUAUGCAUUUGUGCUCGUCUUUGCUGUCGCCGGAGCUGUUGUUAUUGGAGGCACAUACUGUGCCUCUGCGGUGAUCUUUGGCAAUGUCGUUGGCAAGCUCAGUGGUUGCGAAGAGCCCCAAACCAUUCGCGAAGCUGGAGAGUUCUAUGGCCUAAUGUUUUUCGUCCUGGCUAUCAUCGAAUUCUUCGCAAACUUCUUCAGUUGGUCACUGUUCGGGUGGAUAGCUGAGAACGUCAUCUACAAGGUCAGAGUCCUCUCCCUGAGGUCCAUUCUCGAGCAAAACCUCGAGUGGCAUGAGUCGAAUGAUCGCAAUCCGUCGCUUCUGUUGUCUUUGGUCACCAAGGACAGCAAUGCAUUGGCAGGCCUGACCGGGUCCGUUGUUUGCACGAUCCUGUCCAUCCUCAUUAACCUCUUCGCAGCAAUUAUCAUGACACACAUCAUCGCAUGGCGGAUUGCAUUGGUUUGCCUUUCUGUCGUGCCGUUAUUGCUUGCUGCUGGGUGGAUGCGAGUCAGCUCAUUGGCCCAGUUUGAAGAACGGCAUCUGGAAGCCUUUGCUCGUUCCGUCGGGAUCACCGUCGAGGCCGUGAACUCGAUCAAAACAGUCAUGUCGCUCUCUCUCGAACACGAAAUCAUGGGCACGUACCGUCGCUCGUUGGCCGCCCCCAUGAAAGACAUGACGCGUCAAAGCGCGUGGGCCAACCUAUGGCUUGCCAUUGGAUAUGGUCUCAGCAAUUUCCUGUAUGGCCUUGCAUACUGGUGGGGCGCAAAGAACAUCAUUGCCGGACACUACACGCAGACACAGUUCUUCAUUGUGCAACUGGCGCUGCUCGUCAGUUCCCAGUUGUGGGGCCAGAUGUUUGCCUUGGCGCCUGACGUGUCACGCGCCUUUCAGGCCACCCGUCGACUGCUCAAUCUGUUGGACUUGGGUUCCUCCAGUCUGUCACAGCCGCUUGCAUUGAAAGAUGUUGAGUCAAACGACAGCUCUGAGAAAAUUGACGAGACUCGCAAGGGUAUCAGCGUUUGCUUCAAGCACGUCCAAUUCGCCUAUCCCGCGCGACCGGAUACUCGCGUGCUCCAUGGCUUGGACUUUAAUGUCAAACCGGGCCAAUUCGCCGCCUUGGUGGGUCCAAGUGGUGCCGGUAAAUCCACCAUCAUCUCACUUGUCGAGCGCCUCUAUUCGCCCGAGACUGGCAGUGUGGAGGUCGACGGGCGGGACAUUGCAUAUGGUGACAUCUCUUUCCGUGACUCGAUUGCAUAUGUUCCACAACAAAGUGUGAUGUUUGAGGGCACGAUCCGAUUCAACUUGGCUCUGGGGGCACGCCCCGGUCACCAAGUUACACAAGCGGAGCUGGAAGAUGCCUGUCGACUCGCCAAUAUUCACGAGGUCAUUGAACAAUUGCCCGAAGGAUACGACACGCCUUGUGGACCUAAUGGUGAUCGUCUCUCUGGUGGGCAGAAGCAGCGAUUGGCGAUUGCGCGAGCGCUGAUCCGCAAACCCAAGCUGCUGCUUCUGGACGAGUCGACCAGUGCUCUUGACGCUGAGUCUGAGCGCUUGCUCCAGGAUGGCUUGGAGAAAGCAAGCAAGGACAUGACAGUGAUUGCGAUUGCGCAUCGUCUGUAUACGAUUCGCAAAGCGGAUGUCAUUUUCUUGAUUGAGGACGGGCGAUGUGUCGAGCAGGGCACUCAUGCCCAGUUGGUGGAGCGUAGCGAGACUUACCGAGUCAACGCCUUGAACCAAGCCGUGGAUAGCUAG